UUCAGUUGUAUUUGUUUACAUCAGGACAUGUGCAAGUUAACAGGUUUUAUGGGCUACAUUAAUCGGAAAAGUAGAAUCGAAUUAUAUACAACUGGGAAUUUCAGAUAUUGCACAAGAAUUACAAAAUGGCAGUGGUUUUGGAAAAUGAACAAGGAGCAUUAAUAGAUCAUGCAUUAGCACUUAAACGAGUUUACUGCCAUGUUAACACUGAUGCACUUAUUAAGCAUCAGUCAUAUGUGAUGAAAACAGACUUGUUUGAAAUAAAUGAACCUUUCAAGAUGGACUCGCAAGUUUUAGCAGAAAAAACUGCUGAAGAAAGAGGAAUAGUACAAAGAAAGAGAAAGAGAAAAAGAAAAUCUGAGUUGAACAUUGGUGAAGUGGAAGCACAGCAAUAUCAUUCAGGAAUCAUAAAGAAAGUCACCAAUGUCCACAAAGAUCUGAUUUCAAAAGCAAUUAAAGUUGGUUGCAUUCAGGAUAAAAAGGAAUAUAAUGGAUCAUCAUCAUCAAUAAAAACUGUAGAAAAUAAGAGUGUUUGUGCGGAAGGUUCAUCAGCAGGUCAGUUCAUCAAGGUAGACAAUAAUAUGCUGGCAAGACAGGCAGCUAACAUUAGAGUCGGAGAUACAUCGCUUACAGAUGUCUGUCAAACAUUGGCUCCUCCCACCAACUCCAAAUCAGCAAUCAGAUUAGAAAUGUCCACACACUUGAGGCUGUCAGAGUGUGUAAAUAGGGUCUGUAGCAAUGACUGGAGCAGACCAAGACUAUGUCAGAUAGACUCAGAGACAUACAUCAUUCCCAAUAACUCAACCUUCCUUCUCUCAGACUUUAGACAUCACAAAAAUAUGUAUCCCAGAACUAAUAUGGAAAAGUAUGAUUUGAUUGUACUAGACCCACCAUGGCAGAACAAAUCAGUGAAGAGGAAGAAAAUAUAUGGGAGUCUGAAGGAUGAGGACUUGUUGGACAUCAGUAUGGAGGAUCUGGCUGCCCCAGGGUGUGUGGUAGUUGUAUGGGUGACCAAUCGCUUGAAACAUAUCAAGUUUGUCAAAGACACCCUCUUCCCUCGGUGGUCAGUGACCUGUGUGGCUGAGUGGCAGUGGCUCAAGAUUACCAAGUUUGGUGAAAUGACACAAGACAUAAACUCAGACCACAAAAAGCCCUAUGAAAUGAUUUUAAUUGGACGUUAUAAUGAAUUUAAACCAUUUUACAAAGAAUGGACAGCCCCCUGCCCUACUAAUAAAACAAAACUGGAAAAAGAAUGUUUUAAAAUCCCUGCUUGUGAUGGGAAAUCAGGUAUAACUGAUUUGUGCGGAGAAGGAAUUUCAAAUGAUGAAGAUCCAUGUGAAGCAAUUGGUGCAACGGAAAAUAAAAAGAAAGAAUUUGGAUCCUUCCCAGAGAGUUAUGUGAUCAUCAGUGUGCCGUGUGCCCUGCACUCUAACAAGCCCCCACUCAUUGAGUUCCUGAAGAGAUAUUUGAAAGAUGACCCUAGAUGCCUGGAGUUGUUUGCAAGGAAUUUGUGGCCAAAUUGGACAAGCUGGGGAAAUGAGGUUUGUACAUCAUGGCCAGUCAAGCAACUCUUCAUCUUUUUUUUAAAUAAAGAAGUGGAUUGCCUUCACAUGCCCAUUCUCUUGCACAUUGUGGGUUACCCCAUGACACCUUUACACUAACGCUGCAACGAAUCAUCUGCAGCAGGGUCAUCCUUUAUGAUCUUGAUGUCCAAUCCUUGUAUAUACUUAUUUGCGUAAUAAAAUAUGGGUUAAAUUGAAUUGAAUCCUUUAUGUUGCAUGUACAUACCAAAAAAAAGAUAAAACUACAUGUAAAGAUAUGUGCAACGAUCAGUAUAUCAUGCAUUUUAAAAGAAGAUAUCAUUCUAUAACAGUUCUUU